AUGUCUCCCGAGAGCAAGCUGCUGCUCGACGAGAUGAAUCGCCUCUUCGCCGAGCAAAAGGACCGGAUCGACGCCCGCUUCACCGAGUCUGAGCGCAAGAUGGACGCGCGUUUCAUCGACAGCGACACCAGGCUGGAGAAGCGUUUCCGUGAAGUCGAUGAAUCCAUCACCAAGCGCUUCACCGAGUUCGACGACGCCAUCACCAAACGCCUCUUCGACUACGACCUCAACUGGGAGCGCCGCAUCACCGACUCCGAGCUUCGGCAGUCAACCCUCCUCACCGAGCUUGAUCAGCGCCAGGAUCGCCGCCUUGCCGCCAUCGAGCAGUCCACGGGAUCUCUGGAGAGUUGGCGCCAGGAGUCUGAAGGUGAGGUGGACGACCUCAAGCUCAAGAUGAGCAAGCUCACGAUCUAUUGGGAUCGAUCUGUCCUCGACCAAGCAAGCGGAUCGAGUGGACUGAUCUCCCAAGGUCCUGUAGCGCCAACUGCCGCGCGCUCAUCUGCCGACAUCACGGUGGCUCGGCCCAACGGGCACGGCGUCGAAACGACUACACGGGCGGAUGGCAUUGGGGGUCCUCCCUCCCCAAUCCAUUCCCCGGCCAAUGGUAUGCAGUCUGUGCCUCACCCUUCCAAUUCUGCUGGUGUUGUUCAUGAAAUUCAGUCUCAUACUGUUAUCCCUGACGAAACCCAGCACCACCCAAAUCGCCUUCCCAAAUUCAAUUUCCCUACCUAUGACGGUGAAACCACCAAACUGUGGAUAUCCCAGGCAGAGGACUAUUUCGAUAUGUAUGGUGUUCCUCCUAGAUUGUGGGUUAAGGAAGAGGUGGCUGCCCCAGCUCCCAAAUUGGAAUUCCACAAAAAUGACAGUGGAUCAAGCUAUCGGGGUAAUCUGAAGACAGCAAUGCUGUUGCCACGGCCACCUGCUCAAGCAAAAGCCGCUGUGCCGGUGCAGCCGGCUACUCCUCAAGCAGCCACCCCGGAAGACAAAUUGUCUACUCUUCGUUCUUUCCGGCGUGUCCAAGGAUUAUGUCAUCGCUGUGCUGAAAAAUGGUUCCGGGGCCAUAAAUGUGCUCCAACAAUCCAAUUGAAAGCUAUGCAAGAGGUCUGGGAUCUGUUCCAAUUGGAGGAGUUGCCUGAGUCACCCGAAGAACCCAUUGAGCAACUCAAUUUGGCUAUUUCACAUGAUGCUCGCAUGGGGUCUCAAGGUCCAAGAACUAUACAGUUCCAAGGCUCAGUUCAUGGUCUUUCGGUGGUGGUCCUCAUUGAUUCGGGAAGCUCGGCCUCAUUCUUGGCAGAGUCAGUCGCCAAUCGAUUACCUCAGCUGCCUCGCACAGCUCUGACAGCUUCAGUCAAGAUUGCAAAUGGUCAAAUCCUCCGCUGUUCCUCAGUGAUCGUUGACUGUCAGUUUGCUCUUGGGGAUUACCAGUUUCAGCAUGAUCUUCGGAUCUUACAGCUUGAUUCAUAUGAUCUAAUUCUGGGGAUGGACUGGUUGUCCCGGUACAGCCCAAUGCAAAUCCAUUGGGAAUCCAAGUGGCUUUCUAUUCCAUAUCAUGGGGAUCAGAUCGUUUUGCAGGGUCUCACAGCGCCUCUGCCGAAUGAGCUAGUCUUUCAGUUGUUUGCUAUUGACACAUCAGCUGAUUCUUCCGAGAUACCUGCAAUUCCCUUGGAGAUUUCAGAAAUUUUGUCUCAGUUUCCUUCUGUGUUCAAGAUACCUGACUCCUUACCACCGCCGAGAUCAUGUGAUCAUGCAAUUCCUUUGAAGCACGUGCUUUUUGUCUGGACUGAGGAACAUCAACAAGCCUUUCAGUCCCUGAAGCAUCCACUGUGCUCAGCCCCGGUCUUGGGCAUUCCCAAUUUUUCCAAGCCUUUUGCUCUUGAAACAGACGCUUGCCAGAAUGGAGUGGGAGCCGUGUUGCUACAGGAUGGGCAUCCUUUGGCCUAUGUAAGCAAACCACUGGGUAUCAAGACGCAAGGGCUCUCAACUUAA